AUGCAGCGAGCUCUGUCCUCCGCCGUGCGCUCCUCCCUCAAUACCUCUUCCCCAUACUCCAAGACUGCCGGCCGGAGUUUACAGCAACUGCGCUUUGCCCAUAAGGAGCUCAAGUUUGGUGUCGAGGGUCGCGCACAGCUUCUCAAGGGAGUUGAGACUCUCGCCAAAGCUGUUUCUACCACCCUCGGUCCCAAAGGUCGCAAUGUCCUGAUAGAAUCGAGCUAUGGCUCCCCCAAGAUCACAAAAGAUGGUGUCACUGUCGCAAAGGCCAUCACGCUUCAAGACCGCUUUGAGAACCUUGGCGCCCGCCUGAUCCAGGAUGUCGCCUCCAAGACCAACGAGGUUGCUGGUGACGGCACCACGACUGCAACUGUCCUCGCCUCCGCCAUCUUCUCCGAGACCGUCAAGAACGUCGCUGCUGGCUGCAACCCUAUGGAUCUGAGAAGAGGAACUCAGGCUGCCGUUGAGGCGGUCGUUGACUUCCUGCAGAAGAACAAGAAGGACAUUACAACCUCGGCCGAGAUCGCCCAAGUCGCCACCAUCUCGGCAAACGGCGAUACUCACGUUGGCAACCUCAUCUCCAAUGCCAUGGAGAAGGUUGGCAAGGAGGGUGUUAUCACUGUCAAGGAGGGCAAGACCAUUGAGGAUGAGCUAGAGGUCACCGAGGGUAUGCGCUUCGACCGCGGUUUCACCUCGCCCUACUUCAUCACCGAUACCAAGUCGCAAAAGAUUGAGUUCGAGAAGCCUCUCAUCCUGCUUUCGGAGAAGAAGAUCUCGGCCGUUCAAGACAUUAUCCCCGCUCUCGAAGCCUCGACUCAGCUGCGCCGUCCUCUGGUCAUUAUCGCCGAGGACAUCGAUGGCGAGGCUCUAGCCGUCUGCAUCCUGAACAAGCUCCGCGGCCAGCUCCAGGUUGCCGCCGUCAAGGCGCCCGGCUUCGGUGACAACCGCAAGUCCAUCCUCGGCGAUAUUGGUAUCCUCACCAACGCCACCGUCUUUACCGAUGAGCUCGAAAUCAAGCUUGAGAAGGCUACUCCCGAUAUGCUUGGAUCUACCGGAUCCAUCACCAUCACCAAGGAGGACACCAUCAUCCUCAAUGGAGAGGGUUCCAAGGACUCCAUUGCCCAGCGUUGCGAGCAGAUCCGUGGCGUCAUGGCCGACCCGUCGACUUCCGAGUACGAGAAGGAGAAGCUGCAGGAGCGUCUUGCUAAGCUCUCCGGUGGUGUUGCCGUCAUCAAGGUUGGUGGUGCGUCCGAGGUUGAGGUCGGCGAGAAGAAGGACCGCGUUGUUGACGCUUUGAACGCUACUCGUGCUGCUGUUGAGGAGGGUAUCCUGCCCGGUGGUGGCACUGCUCUCAUCAAGGCCGCUGCUUCUGCCCUUGGCGAUGUCAAGCCUGCCAACUUUGAUCAAUCUCUUGGUGUUUCGAUCGUCAAGAACGCCAUCCAGCGUCCUGCUCGCCGCAUUGUCGAGAACGCCGGCCUUGAGGGCUCCGUCAUUGUCGGCAAGCUUAUGGAUGAGUUUGGCAAAGACUUCACCAAGGGUUACGAUUCCAGCAAGGGCGAGUACGUUGAUAUGCUGCAGGCCGGUAUUGUCGAUCCACUCAAGGUUGUGCGGACCGCAUUGGUGGAUGCUUCUGGUGUUUCGUCGCUCCUCGGUACCACUGAGGUUGCUAUCGUAGAGGCUCCUGAGGAGAAGCCUGCCGGCCCGCCUGGUGGAAUGGGUGGAAUGGGUAAGUCUACUUCCCAGUCUCCGGUUCUGAAUACAUGCUAA